AUGGCGCCAAUUGCGACCUCCGACUUGAACCCUGCUAAGACAUCCGUUAGCGAGAUGGACCCAACGGUCUUCCCGUCACCAAAGGCAGACGAGAGGCUAAGAAGACUUUGGAAUCUUCACGGCGAUCCGCAUAGUUCGAAAUUUUCAAAUCCGAAACUCACAAGCAUCGCGAAGUUGGUCGAGCACAAUGCCUCCGUUCAACCAUCGCAGGCCGCUUUCAUCUACCCGGUCGGCAGCUCUUUCAGUGUUCUUGACUGGUCCACGCUUCAUGACCUAAGUUGCAAAGCAGCGGCGUAUUAUGCAGACCGACUUCAAGAUAAGCUUGAAGAAGGCAACGCGAUCGGCAAACAACCCACGAUAGCACUGCUGGGAACAGGAAACUCGAUUGACUACUUGAUUACGCAAAUCGCCUUGAACAGUCUUCGUCUGCGAGUGCUUCUGCUGAGCAACAAGAACGCCCCCGAGACGAGGGAGCACCUUCUUCGUGUGUGCAGCGCGGUAGCAAUCAUCACCGAUAAGGCCAAUGAGGCCUCGCUCCACGGCGAGCAGGCUUGUCAGCUACCUGCCGUCAGCUUGAUCGGCCUCGCUGAUUUACACGAAAGACCCUCAACAAACGAGGAGAAAAUGUUUGCUUUCUCAACCAACGAUGAAUGGAAUUUGCAGUCGAUGAUAAUCCACUCUUCGGGUUCUACCGGUGUUCCAAAGCCUGUCAUCCACACCAACAGGAGCCUGUGCCAAAUCGCCAGAAUGUACAGACUGUUGCCCGAAUACUAUAUAGAGAACUGGUAUCUCUGCUUUCCGCUAUUUCAUGUGGCAGGACUGUCCAUCGCAGUCUCAGGUCUCCCAACAGGACUUCCUACCACUUUGCCCCCUGAGCAAUGGCCGCCAGCUCCAAGUUCCAUCCUCUCAGCAUGGAGAGCUCUGGAGGACCUCGGAUACCCGGCCGAUUGCCUUCAUUGUGCGCCUUCGGUUAUUGAGGAUUUGUACGAGUACAUCACACUUACCACCAAAGACUACACUCCUCUCACGAAGUUGAAGGUCCUUCAGCCUGGCGGGGCGCCUUUAUCGCCCAACGUGUUGUCCAAGAUUCAAGCACUCGGAGUCAACGUGAAGACCACGUACGGCACCUCCGAGACUGGCCCUCCAUUUCGAACAAUUCCACACACGAGGGACAACCCGGAUGUUUACCGCUUCCGCAACCUAUACCCAGAGUCACCGUUUGUACGGAUGGAGUCCGUUGGAGAUGGUCUUUUCGAGUGUGUUGUCUUCAGAGGAUUUCCCCUAGCGGCAGAGCUUUGGCCGGAUGAUGCCUCGCCAAAUCCGUACCGCACGGGCGACUUGUUUCUCGAAGAUCCGCCAGCAAGCGGAUACUUCGUACUACAAGGCAGACGCGAUGACAUUCUAAUCUACUCCAACGGAGAGAAGACUCACGCUUCAGCGGUUGCCAUGGCCCUUGAGGAAGACAAGACGAGCGUUAUUGCAAAGACGGCAGUUUUUGGGACUGGUAAGCCGUGCCCUUCUGUUGUUGUCGAAGUCAAAUGGCAGGCCGCAGAGGGUCUAGGCCUGGUCAAUCUCAACGAUGAGGUUUGGAGAGUGGUUCAAAGAUGCAACGGGAAACUGGCCACCUUUUCGAGGAUUCCUCGCGAGACAAUCGUCAUUCUCAACAAAGGAGAGACAUUACCUGUUACCCCCAAAGGAAACGUGCGACGAAACACCGCAUGGGAACUAUACGGGGACAGAGUCGAAGAGCUCUACAGCCAAUUCCUAGGUGAUGGGCCUGACACGGUUAACGGAUCUCGCGGCACCCAAGUCCACGAAAGUAGUCCUCUGACUAUUGAGGUCAUCCAAAAAGCUGUGGCUGAGGUGUUCGAGCUCCCCCAAGAGGACAUAAGGGAAGACCUGAAUUGGUACGAGAUUGGGCUUGACUCCCUCAAUGCGGUCGAUCUGCGCUCAAGGCUGGUCAGAUCCUUUGGAAGCUUUCCUCUGAUGUUCAUAUUUGAAUUUCCCACAGUACGAAAGCUUCUGGAGUUUUUGACGCGUCCCGGGGAAGACGAUUUCGAUCAGGCCGCGGUUACAAGUCAGCACCAUGAAUGGAUCCAAUCCACCAUCCGUCGCAUGAACGAGGAAGUUGACCUGUGGAGAACGCAAAGACCUACGGCACUCGAGAGUAAGAAGGAAAUGGGAGAUUGCAUCUAUCUCACAGGUGCCAGCGGUUUCUUGGGCAAUGCGCUGUUGGAAGUUAUGGUUCGAUCGACACCGGUCACAAAAAUCUAUUGUGCUGUCCGUGGAAGCAAUCCUCAAGCAAGAGUCGUUGAAUCCUUGGUAUCAAGGGGUUACUCCAAGGACAUUUAUGAGAGCGACAAGAUCUGUGCUGUCAACUAUGAUAUGAGGGACAGAAUGCUGGGCUUGGACGAACCUACAUAUCAACGAAUUACAGACGAGGUAACCGUCGUCAUGCACAACGCGUGGAAACUCGACUUCAAUCAGCCGAUUCAGCAGUAUGAGGAGGAUUGUUUGAAAGGGACCAUGAACCUGAUGUCCUUUUGUCUCAAAGGACCGACCAAGAGCUUCGCAUUCAUGAACCCCGCACUUGCGCUUCCAACAGGCUACGCGCAAUCCAAGUUCAUCAUUGAGCAAGUCACCCAGCAUUUCGCUGCCUCGCUCAGCAUACCCACACGGAUACUCCGCGUGGGCCAACUGUGCGGACACUCUCGCCUGGGAACUUGGAACCAUACGGAAAUGUGGCCGAUCAUGAUGAUGACUGCACUCAACCUCCUCUCGGCCAUGCCAGUUCUUCAGACUACCGUUGACUGGCUGCCGGUGGACGUGUGCGCCGAGACCAUCAAGAAGGUGGUUCUGGACUCGGAUGCACAAUCAUCAUACACUGUGACUAACCUCACCAAUCCGAGCACCACCUCGUGGGAAGAAUUGCUUGAUUGUCUUGAGAAGGCUUCUAGGCGGAACAUUGAUCGCGUUGGAAUGAAGGAUUGGGUGUCUCGCCUAGAGCUCAUGGCGGACUCUGACGAUGCCUCGGGACAAGAGAUUCCUGCUCUAAAACUCCUGGGAUUCUUCCAGGGUAUGGUGAAUGGAAGCGCAAAUGGCGAGGAUGUCGAGUUUGAGUCUGGUAAAGUUGAAAACGGACGGAAGAUUAACGUGGAAGCGGUGCGGAAGUGGCUGGUUGGCUGGGAAAACGGUGGCCACAUCAUGUAA